GCCCGGCGCGACCCCGACCCCGCCCCGGGCCGCUCCGCGGCCGCCGCGCUCCGUGUGGAACUUGCAGCUGUCGAGGGGGGGCGGCGGGGCGCAAGCCGUGUCAGCCCCGGGGGCCCAGCGUGCCCCGGGCGAGCCCGAGCACCCAAGAGGCGCGAACGAGGCGUCCUCGCCGAGGGUCGGCGGCGUAUCGUAGCGCAGACCCCAGCCUUUUUCAGCCCGGACGCGCCGCCAUGCCGGUCCGGGUCGCACGCUCCGGCGGACUCUUUCCCCCCGGAACCAGCGUGCGGGGAAGGCGGGGCCGGGGGGUGCGCAGGCCGGGACGGACCGCGGGCCGGAAGUGAAGCUGCCGUGGCCGGGCGCGCAGGCCCCGCGCACUUCCGGCGGAGUGAGCCGCCAUGGCGCACAUCACGAUCAACCAGUACUUGCAGCAGGUAACGUGCCGUCGGCGGGGUCUGGAGCGGGAGCCCGGCGGCGCUGGCGAGAACAGAGCACAUUGUGGACAAAGCGCAUCAUCACCGAUGGAUCGACUGACUUCUUGCUCACGGCACCCAGCUGUGCUUUGGCGUGACUGUGAUACCAUCUGUUUAGCUCUUGCCCUUCCCUGUUUCAGUUCAUGUGUCUAUGAAGCCAUCGACACCAGAGACGGGGCAUCCUGUGCGGAGCUGGUGUCUUUCAAGCACCCUCAUGUUGCCAAUCCACGGCUUCAGAUGGCAUCCCCAGAAGAGAAGUGUCAGCAGGUUUUGGAACCUCCUUAUGAUGAAAUGUUUGCUGCUCAUUUAAGGUGCACUUACGCGGUGGGGAACCAUGACUUCAUCGAGGCGUACAGAUGCCAGACCGUCAUCGUCCAAUCAUUCCUGCGUGCAUUUCAAGCCCACAAAGAAGAAAACUGGGCUCUGCCUGUCAUGUAUGCUGUAGCACUUGACCUUCGAAUAUUUGCCAAUAAUGCAGACCAGCAGUUGGUAAAGAAAGGGAAGAGCAAAGUCGGGGACAUGCUGGAAAAGGCGGCCGAGCUGCUGAUGAGCUGCUUCCGCGUCUGUGCCAGUGACACUCGGGCUGGCAUCGAGGACUCCAAGAAGUGGGGCAUGCUGUUCCUGGUGAAUCAGCUAUUCAAGAUCUACUUUAAGAUCAACAAGCUGCACCUGUGCAAGCCGCUCAUCAGAGCCAUCGACAGCUCCAACCUCAAGGACGACUACAGCACCGCCCAGAGGGUGACCUUCCGCUACUACGUCGGCCGCAAGGCCAUGUUCGACAGCGACUUCAAGCAAGCGGAGGAGUACCUGUCCUUUGCCUUCGAGCACUGCCACCGCUCAAGUCAGAAGAACAAAAGGAUGAUUCUGAUAUAUUUGCUUCCAGUAAAAAUGCUGCUGGGUCACAUGCCGACCAUCGAGCUGUUAAGGAAGUAUCAUCUCAUGCAGUUUGCCGAAGUGACCAAAGCCGUCAGCGAAGGCAACCUUCUGCUCUUGAACGAGGCCCUGACGAAGCAUGAGACCUUCUUUAUUCGCUGUGGCAUUUUCCUCAUCCUUGAAAAGCUGAAGGUCAUCACCUACAGGAAUCUUUUCAAGAAAGUGUACCUGCUGCUCAGAACACACCAGUUGUCUCUGGACGCCUUCCUGGUCGCCUUGCGGUUCAUGCAGGUGGAAGGCGUGGACAUUGACGAGGUCCAGUGCAUCCUGGCCAACCUGAUAUACAUGGGUCACAUCAAAGGCUACAUAUCACAUCAGCAUCAGAAGCUGGUUGUUAGCAAGCAGAACCCAUUCCCACCACUGUCGACCGUGUGUUGACUGCGCACACACCCCGAGGACAGGAGAGCCAUGUCUCCCUUAGCUUUUAUCCGCGCGGACGGAAUGGUCCGGUGCCAGGACGGUAUUCUCUGCAGCCGGACUCGCUGGGGCUCGUUUGCCGGCGCACGCGGAUGCCUUGGAAUCUCCGUGAUCGCUCACAGCUAACGUCCACCCUGCGGACAGCUGGAGCUCUCUCUUGAGAAUCAGCGCAGCACGUCCGUUCACACUGGAGCUGAGGGUGCAUGUGAAGGGCUCUGGCCCCUUCGGAGUGCCGUUCACGGAGGCCUCUUCGUCAGUUUUUACAUAACUUUUUCUAUGAAACAUCAUCCUGAAUUUAUACAGAUUGCGUAUUCUUUAUCUUCUUAACAUAUAACAUUUUUAUAUGUUAAAUUUGAACAUCGUAUACGAUUAAAAUGUUUGGUUAACUUAA